CAAACCCACACUGCCAUUCCUGGUCAUUCCCUUCUUCUCCAACCUCCUUUUCAAUCCAGAUAUGUGUAGCCAGAGCUAUACCUUCACCUCCCGAUACCUGUUGAGGCAAGGCUGAGCCAUCGCGUGGGGUAACCUGGCAGCAGUCAGAACCUAAAUCCCAGGCCUGUCGUGUUAAUUCUAGGUAGUGCUGUGCAUUUGACGCAGUCCUGCAUCACUGACAACCUGUAGCAGUUCCCUAGCCACGUCCCGAGCAACUCUAUCCUCGGAAAGUGGGCCACAUCCCGUCCGUUCACAGCAGCUACACUGCUUUGUGAACUCGAACACUCACUUAUAUGAGCGAUAACUUGCCUUGUCUGAAUACCAUCUGUACCCCGAGACCCGCGGGAAGACCACGGGGAGUGGGCACUUUUCCCCAGACUUUGGGCGGCGAUCAAGCGGGUGCCGGCUCUUUCCCCAGAGUAUCAAGAGCUUGGUAUUCUCGCUUGUCUCGCCUGGGAAUUAGCCCCUAGCCCCUCUCGUGUCUUGUGAGUCUUGUGGGGUCUGGGGAACCGUGAAGGAGGGCGGCAGAGUCUGUUACUGGACCGGAGUCUGGGUAGUCUUCCAGAGCAGCAUACACUGCUGCUCUCGCUGUUGAUUGUGACAGCGGCCCUCUCGGACCCUACUUGACAACUGCCGCUGCCGGGUUCAGUCUCCAUCCUCAAAUCAAAAGCAGUGGGUGUGCACAAGGAAUCUGUUUGCUGCCGACUUCUCCCCAAUCCAUAUACCAGAUUGCACUCCAACUUACUACCGUCUUUGCUCAAUGCCUUUCCUAUGAACUUCACAAUAGCGCUCCGGUGAGAACACAUCAAGACAUUCCUUGGCUGAGGCAGAAUGGCAGGCGACAAUAUCGCACCGGCCCUACGAGCGGACGACAUUGAGGAUUCCAAGACCGAACAUGUGAGGCAGAGAACCCUGGGCAACGUUCGCCUUCGCCAUCACGAGACCAACGAGAUCAUCCUCAUCCCAAAGCCAAGCAAUGAUCCCAAUGACCCGCUGAAUUGGCCGCAAUGGUACAAGAAUUGCAUAGCCGUCCUCGUCUGCGUGGCUAUCCUCAUGUGCAAUUUCCUCGCGGCAGGACCGACCGUCACUAUCGUCAACACGACCGUGGACUUCUUCCCGGCUUCGCCUCCCACCGUCGAUCCAGCGGGUUUCAGUGCGAACAUCUCCAAGAUCGCCUACUUCUUCAGCACCACUGCGCUGCUUCAGGGAACUGGUAACUUCAUAUGGGUCCCUCUAGCGAAUAAAUACGGUCGUCGUCCUGUCUAUGUGGCUAGUUAUACUUUAUACCUGGCCACCGCUAUCUGGGCGAUAUUGGAUCACUCUUAUGGCGGGUUCUUGGCUGCGCGGAUCCUGAUGGGCUUCGCCUCCGGGGCAGCGGAGACCAUAGCACCUGUGACCAUCUCGGACCUCUUUUUCCUGCAUCAGCGUGGUACCAUAAUGGCCCUCUACACUUCUUUCCUGUCUGUCGGUGUGGGCUUUGGUAUGAUCAUUGCUGGCCUUAUCACUAUCAACAACGGCUGGCGUGUGAUUUAUGAGGUAGCGGCAGCCAUCAUCGGGUUCAUCCUCCUCUUCGCUUUCUUUGCAUUCCCUGAAACCGCCUUUUUCCGCGAGGACGCAGCUGUUGGUGAUGGUCAGCCCCCGCAACGGCUGUCAAGCGGGAAUGAAUCCGAGAAGACUCACCGGACUGCAGCUCGCGUCGCGGACAUUGAAGCUUUGUCUCAAUCUCAGCAAAGCCCCACCAAGAAGAAGAAGACUUACUUGCAAAGCCUGAGUCUCUAUAACGGCACCUUCACCUCAGAACCUCUAUACAAGAUCUUUGUGCGCCCCUUCGGACUAAUCCUCCUGCCUCCUGUGCUCUGGGCGGCCCUCGUCGAGUCCGUGACUAUCGGCUUCCUCGUUGCGGUCACCUCCAAUGUUGACCCUGCCUUCCUGGCCACGUAUAACUUCGAGGCCUGGCAGGUCGGCCUCUGCUUCAUAUCCGCCUGCCUCGGCUCCGCGAUCGGCAUCCCUGCAGGCGGAAAGCUCGGUGAUGUGGUGGCAGACCAUUUCACGCACAAGAACGGUGGCAUCCGGGAGCCUGAGAUGCGACUGCCUGCUAUCCUUCCCAGCCUGGUCACGACGCCGUUGGCCCUGGUCCUGUAUGGCGUGGGUAUCCAGAACAAACUACAUUGGAUUUGCCCUACUGUUGGAUUGGGUCUAUUGAACUUCUCGAUUGUACAGGCCACGAAUAUUGUGCUGGUCUACGUGAUUGAUGCUUACCGGCCUGUCGCUGGCGAGGUGACACUGGCUGUGAUGGGUUUCAAAUCCCUCUUCGGCUUCCUGCUCUCGUUUUACACGAACCCAUGGGUCAACCAGUCGGGGUAUCUCAACGCGUACGGCGCGAUGGCGGGCAUCUCAGCCGCUAUUCUCGUCCUCUGGGUACCUCUGUACGUGUGGGGCCGGCAUAUUCGGCACGUCACCUGGUCGUGGCCCGCCAUUUCCUACGUCCACUGGAGCGAGGAUCGUGAGGUUGGCGAGUGAACAGAGCUUUGUGUCUCUGCUAACUUCAUCUGUCGUUGUCCACAUGUAUUUGUGCUGCGAUUUGUAUGCUAAAAAGUGUCGAGAUUCACAGCUGUAUGCAUAUUGUGCGGAUGGGCUCAAUUUUAAAUCUAUUGAAGUGCACCUGGGAAACUCGAAGUGAGUUAAUAGCAUCAUGCUCUGCCACACGACUCACUCUCCCAAUCACAGUGACGGAAUCAAGUAAGAUCUUGUCAUCAUUGCUCAUCACUAACCACGAAAAGGGCCGAUCUACUGGAACUGGUGUGAUAUAAGGUUCCUCACGAAGCUGUCGACUUACACUGAUAACCCACCGUCCAAGACCAUGUUCUGUCCCGUAACGCUCUUAUUCUUCACGUAUGUUAGAACCUGUUCCGCAACGUCUUCAACUGUGGCCAAUGUCUUCAGCUUGGACGCCUCAGUCAUC